UUAGUUAUUUAAAAUAUGUUGGCACUUAAUGAACUUUUAAUUUCACUGCAGAGUAUCAGGAAAAAGCUUGAGUCUACCCGAGACCAAUUAGCAGAGGCACUGUACCAAAAGGGGCUUGCUCUGGCAGAGAUUGAAACUUUAAAGUUGGCAGACUUGACUUGGUGUAUAUUGUCAAAGGAUUUGGCUGCAACCGAAGGUGAAAAUCAAGAUGUGAACAGUGAUCAAUCUUUAGAUGAUGGCAGUCAUCCAGACUUGUUUGAAGAGAAUUUUCAAGAACUGAGGAAAUGGGUUGAUGUAAAGUCAUCUAAAUAUGGAAUCCUCACAGUAACACGGGAGAGGCGUUCUCAAAGGCUUGGGACGGCAUUGAAGGUACUGUGUGACAUAAUUCAAGAUGAUGCAGAGAAUGCCAAGAAAUUCUAUGAACUAAAACUCUCAUUGCUUGAUGAGAUUGGAUGGAAACAUUUAGCUACAUAUGAGAGGCAGUGGAUGCUUGUACGUUUCCCUCCAUCUUUGCCCCUUUUCUAGCGCCUACCUAUUGGAACUAAGUUUGACAGCAAUGGCAGGACUGUGAAGCCAUGUCCUCUCCUUAAUAAUUUGUGAGGACAAACAUAUAACAUUAUUUUUCGAUCUUUUAAAUGUAGAACUGAAAUGUAUGACUUAUCCUUUCCUUCUUUUGCACAUCUUGACUUAGCUAUGGGUCAUGGUAUGUGGCAAAUGGCAACUUCGACAUUCAAGUGUAUUUUAAUCCUUCCGUGUGGCUGCCACAUCAAGAGAUUGUUAAUCUCCUUUACAUUUAGUAAGAGUAUUGAAUAAAGAUAGUUUUCUCUCGUUU